CGACAAUCAGCCUGCCCGGUUAUAUCAUCUAUCUAUAAAUCCAUAGCUAUCUAUUCUUUACAGAUAGAGAGAUAAGAAGAGCGUAGAGAAAUAAAAAAGGUAUCAGAAUAUAUUCGAUAUCUGUGGAAAUUAAUUUCUCAAUAAUUUACCGUAUCUCUCAGACAUUACUGUGAUUAAUCAUGAGCCGUUAAACUGGGUAUAAAUUUCAACGGAGCGCCUCCUUUUGUGUGUGUUUAUCUAGGGUUGAUUUUCAGAGAUUUUUGUUUUGUUGUUUGUUUUACGCAGCCAAUAAAAAUAUCUAAUCUCAUAAACAUUCAUUCUCUGCUCCUCAUCAUUUACAAUCUGGCUAACAAGAGGCUGUUGUCUCUUACACAUGUUAAGGGGUGGAAUUAUAUAGGAUCUGAAGGACUUAUUUAAGCCUGGCAGCUGCAACAAAGUUAAGUUCUUACACCUCCAAGUGGGUGUGGGGUGAUAGUGAGAGGGUUUUACUACUUUGUGCUUUAAGGAGAUCAAGAUCUUCAUACAUCUGGAGAUUGUGUCGUGUCUCACAGGGUUUGUCGCUUGAUUAUGGCUAAGGUUUACAUUAGCUAGAUCUCUGGAAGCUUGCUAUAAUAUUUCAUUUCAGUUUUGGAGCAAAUAGAUCUUUGUGUUAGGCUUUUGGAUGUAGUGUACAAUAUAUAUAUUAACCAUUAGAUGUUCAUGCAACAGCAAGUAGUCCUCAUGUAAUAUCAGACUUUAGUUUGUUCUACAGAGAUGGUUAGGUUUUCAUGCUUUAAUGCUCACGUCUAUUCCCCCAAACCAAAGAAAUCAGCACAAUUAUCUGCUGAAGUGAUGAAUAAGGCAUUGGAACAGCACUCUGACAAUCAAAGUUCGGGCUCAAGUCAAUUACCCUUGGAGGUGCAGGAAGAUAAUACACUUGUCACUUCUACUCACGUUAAAGGUUCCCAAUUGAUGGAACUUAACUGGAAAUCAGAGGAAGUCAAACUACCAUUUCAAAAUGAAAGUGUUGCUGGGGUCAAAAAAUCCUGUAUGCGGAAAAGCCAGUCUUUGGGAAGUGGACUGGAUCAGAAACGAAGAUUAUCUGGUGGCAGUGACUCGGAGAAUGAGACGGUUCAAGGAUUUUCCAGUGAGAGAUCCCAUGAAGGAAUUAGUUCUGCAGUUUCAGUUUGUGACAAGGAUCCUGAAGCUCCGUGUUCUACUUCUCUUCUUGUCAGUUCUGGUAGGGCAAAUGACGAAUCAGUUUUCUCAGUUGAAGAUCCGAGACAAUUUGACAAAGAAGAUGGUCUUGAGAACUCCAACACUAAUUACUUUGGUGAAUAUGCUGGUGAAUAUAGUAACCACAGUUCGGAAACCCCACGGGUUAUUUCAAAAUCCUGUUCUUUGCCCAACUUAAAUGCUUUUAGUGGACAGUUAUCUAUUAUAAAGACAAUGCGUCGUGCUGCAUCUUAUGAGGAUUUGAAUGUAUUGAAUGUAAAAGAAAAAAAGGUGUUUGUCCCUCAAAUAAUUCAAGAUAGAGAGGGAGAUGAUGAUGUAGAAGAUGACGAGAAACCUAGUAUGGAAAUCCCAGCCGAUGAUGGUUAUGAUGAAUAUAACUAUGUUGGUUCAGCGAAGGACUGGAUAAUACCAGCUACUGAUGAAAAUGAUGCCAAGAUUACCCAUCAGGAAAAUACUGAGAUUCAUCAAUGGGAGGGCAUGCCAGAUAAGGAUUUCAAGAUAAAACGUAUUGAUGUAUGGGUUUCUGCUCUUCAGGACUGUAGUCCUAAAGGAGAAAACGAGUCUGCAUUCAGUAAUCAUCAGGAGGAUGACGUGGCUGCUGUCUUGGAUGGUUCAAGUACCGCCAAACAUGAUAGCAAGAUCACUCCUGGCAUGGAAGCUGCAAAAAGAUAUGUCUCUUCUUUGAGUGCUACAGCCACCGCUGCACAGCUGUCUAACCAUGGACUGGUUAUGAUCCCGUUCCUCUCUGCUUUUGUGAGCUUGAAAGCACUUAAUUUGUCUGGAAAUGCUAUAGUAAGGAUAAAUGCCGGUGCUCUCCCUCGAGGUCUCCAUAUGCUGAAUCUGUCAAAAAACAAUAUAUCGACCAUUGAAGGGUUGCGUGAACUUACACGGCUUCGUGUACUUGACCUGAGCUACAAUCGGAUAAUCCGGAUUGGACAUGGCCUAGCAUCAUGUUCUGCAAUCAAAGAGUUAUAUCUGGCUGGAAACAAGAUUAGUGAGGUUGAAGGUCUUCACCGCCUCCUAAAGCUGAAUGUCCUUGAUCUUCGAUUCAAUAAAAUUUCUACAACAAAAUGUCUUGGGCAACUUGCAUCCAACUAUAAUUCAUUGCAAGCAAUUAGCCUGGAAGGAAAUCCAGCGCAGAAGAAUGUGGGGGAUGAGCAACUAAAGAAAUAUCUGCAAGGUCUACUUCCCCAUCUAACUUACUUCAAUAGGCAAUCUAUUAAAGCAGGUACUCUGAAAGAUUCAGCCGACCGUUCAGCUAGAUUAGGUAUUUCUUCCCAUCAGAUUGACCGUAGUCUCAGAUCUGAGCUGAAGACUACGCGGAAGGGAAAUCAUGGAGUUGCUGCCCAUAAGAGGCAGUCAUCGUCAACUCAGAGUCGUAGAAGCCCACACAGCCAACAUGCAGUUGCCUCGCAAAAACCAUCCAAGGAUAAGCAGGUGCGCUCGACUUCAACCAGGGACAAGAUAAAUGCUCGACCAAGUUUUGUUGGAAACAAAUUGCUGAGCCUCAGGCCAGAUCUUGCUAUGCAAAGGAGUCGCAGCGAGGGAAACCUUGGAGGUGCUUGAAAUCAUGAUCAGAGUGUGUUAUGUAAUUUUACUUUUAUGCUUUAUAUGUUGUGUUCCACACAUAUCCGGUUUGGUUCGUUCUAUUGUUUUUUUAUUUGGAUUUAAUAAACGGAAUUAUUGUGCUGUGCACAACAAAAUAUUAUUCAAACUGCAGAAGUUACAACUAUUUAAGAAA